UGCCUGGCGGGUUUCGGAGACUGUUGUUCGCGAUGUCGGGCCGCGGCAAGGGCGGGAAGGGCCUGGGCAAGGGCGGCGCCAAGCGCCACCGCAAGGUGCUGCGCGACAACAUCCAGGGCAUCACCAAGCCCGCCAUCCGGCGGCUGGCCCGGCGCGGCGGCGUCAAGCGCAUCUCCGGCCUCAUCUACGAGGAGACCCGCGGGGUGCUCAAGGUGUUCCUGGAGAACGUGAUCCGGGACGCCGUCACCUACACGGAGCACGCCAAGCGCAAGACGGUCACGGCCAUGGACGUGGUCUACGCGCUCAAGCGCCAGGGCCGCACCCUCUACGGCUUCGGGGGCUGAGCGUUCCCAUCUCCCCCCCCCGGAACACCGCGAUUCUCAACCAAAGGCCCUUUUCAGGGCCACCUAUCAAGUCGCCAAAGAGUUGCUCACUUUUUUGUAGGUUUCGUUUUAUUCUGGCGUUGGUGUUGGUACUGUUCCUAAUUUGCAAAUUACAUUGUUUUUGUUGACUUGUUCUUACGUUGUUUUAGUCAACGGCCCCCACAUCUUCAAAUUUGAUGCUUUAUGCUCAUCAGUUUGGUGAGAAGGGGGUAUGGGGAAGAUGGCAUGUUUGUUUCUCUCAACUGCGUUCCAUCCAGUACUUUUAAAGAUUCAGAGAAAUUUUAAUGUACUUGGGACAAAUGUCAUUAUAAGGGUUUAUAUUUUGACAAGUGUCUGGGCUUAUUGUCUCAAUCUUAGACUUAAUAGGUCACUUCUUUUCAGUUAAAGGGCGGGCCCUAUUGUCUGCAUGCAGCACAUCCUUACUGAUCUGUCCUUUCAAACCCAGGCCUUCAGGAUUCAAAUCCCUCCUUUAUGCAUCAGCAGUGAGAAAUUAAGGUAGCAGUCCUCAAGUGAGUUACCCCUUUCUUGUUCUUCGGUACUGUAAACAUGGCAGAGACCGCCCGCUUAGUACUUUGGGGUCAUCCUAAUGUGUCAUCCUAAUGUGUUUGGUUUUGUGAAGCAUCUUAGGAGUUCAUUGUGGUGUAGACUGGCCUUUUUUCCAUAAAAAUUUGUUCACUUGAACAUAAUAAAGGCAUAGCUGGGCAGAUGGCUUUCUACCCUUAGGCAACAUGUCCUGGCUUUAUCGGGCAGCAGAGGUAAGAAUGAGCCUAAGAUCUCCAAGAAAAGUCAGCAGAAGUCACUCCCAGGUCUGGGCUUUAAAACCUUCUUCACUUUUCACACCAAUUAAGAAGGUGAUCUUGUUUGAUCUAGCAGACAUCAGGUCUUAGGGGACAGCAAAACGAUGACUUGAAGGAAAAAGAGUCCUGGAUUGAUCAGGAGGAGGAGAGUUGCCCCCUCAGAGCUGGAUUAAUCAUAGUGGAUCUGUCCUGUGUGACAGGAAUAACUGUCUUAAAGUUAAAGCUUGAAAGUCCAAACUGACUCAAUCUCACAUGAUUUGGAGGUAAAUAAAAACAGUGAGAGAUUUAUUUUCAGCCUGAUUCAGGAAGAAGUCCGUGAGUUUUUCUACAGGCCCAUCGAACUUGUCUUCCAUCACCAGUCUUGGUAAAUAUACUAACAAGUUCUAAGUAUGUAAUAGUCUAUGUCAUUGAGCAAAUCAUAGAUUAAGUUUACAAGUUCCCAAUAUCCCCUUAGAGAUAAAUAAAGAAACUGGAAACCUUGUACAGAGGGAUGCUUAGUCUUUGUGUUUGUGUUGUCUUUGUUCAGGUCACUUGGCCUCUCUGUGUCUCUGUUUUCUCGUCUGUAAAAUGGGGAUAACAGUAGUAUCUACCUCAUGGGUUUGGGGUGAAUAAAAUCAAAGCAUUUUGUCCAGUGCGUGGCACAUGGUAAACUCUCUAUG